AUGCCAGAUGCUAAGAUAGGAGCCGUGAUCCACCAGAACAGUAUGCAUCAGCCUGAUCGAAUGGCGGACGAUGUCCACUCCGCCAACCAGAGCGACCGGGCUCAGCAACGUCGCCAAAAGGCUGCCGACGCCGAAUGGACCAGUGCCAAAAACGGCAUCUCCGGAGCUGACCAGGCGUCUGAUGCCAACGAUCCCCCCAGCAAACGACGACGGGUCGCGCUGGCGUGCACUGUUUGCCGUGGGCGGAAAUCACGUUGCGAUGGCACGCGCCCCAAGUGCUCGCUGUGUGUCGAGUUGGGAUUCGAAUGCAUCUAUCAACAAUCUGCGUCGUAUUCGAACAUCAUCAUCGGCAAGGAGUACUUGUCGUCGAUCGAGGAUAGAUUGAAGGAGGUAGAAGGCCGUCUUGCUUUUCUCGAGAACCGCGACCGGACUCUUGUUCAUCAACCUGCCAAUCCAAACCUCUCCAAUGGAGUUUCUUCUUCAGAUUUCCCACAGCCGGACACGGCGUGCUUACGGGAAGAGAGCCUUGGAGAUGCGGAAACCGUCGAAGAUCCCAUCGAUGCCAUGGGCGCGGUCACGUUUGCGCAGGAAGAGGACUGCGCAUUCUUUGGGCCGUCGUCCAACAUUGCGUUCCUUCGACACGUAUCGAGGGCCGUGGCCCGCUUGACUCACGACCCUGAACCCUGGAAACCGUCUCCUGCAGAACAUCACUCGGUAGGUUUUACAGGCGGAUUCAUCAAUACCUCUGGCCCUGCAUCUCCUAUUCCGACACCCCACGACCCUCCUCUUGAUCACGUCAACAUCUAUGCCCUUCCUCCCGACUCGGUGGCUCGUGAGCUCCUAAACUGGUAUUUCAGCAACACUGGCUUGUUGUUUCCUUAUAUCCACGAGCAGUCAUUCAUGGAAACAUUUGAACAGGCCAGCAAGGUCAAGUUCAAGGGCGUCAGGAGAAUUUGGCUCGCCCUGCUCAAUAUCGUCUUCGCUCAUGCCAUGGUGCAUGCACGAGAAAACACCACGACUCCAGGGAGUGUCGAGUCGACCGCGGCAAAGGCCAGCGCCGAGUCAGAGAUAUAUUUCCGCCGAGCUUCAGGUCUUUUCAGCGAAAAGAACGCCAAUGGAACUGGGACUAGUGAAACAGUGCAGUUUCUCCUACUCAUGGGUCAGUACUUGCAGGGAACGCAGAAAUCAGUGCAGACCUGGAAGACACAUGGUCUUGCAACGCGAGCUGCGUUUCAGAUAGGUCUUCACUCGAGUGACUUGGCCCGAGUUUUCCCUCCACUCGAGCAGGAGGUCCGGAAAAGGACAUGGUUUGGUUGUAUCAUGCUCGACCGGACCUUGAGCAUGACCUUUGGACGACCACCAGCGAUCCCUGACAGCUACGUCCAACUGGAGCUGCCGGUGGGAUUCUCGGCACUAGACGGCGGAGCUGCGGCGACGGACAAGAAGGAGUCACUGAGCAUUGCCUUCUUCAACGGCACCAUUGCGCUCUACAAAGUGCUCUGCACGAUCAUUGAUUCGCUCUAUGGCCAGAAUCUGGCCUGCUCAUUCAAAUCAAACGCCGUGGACACGGUCGCCUUGGUCUACAAGAUUGAAAACCAACUGUCUGAGUGGCAACGCGGACUCCCGUCUCACAUGAGGCUCAUCGCCACCCAAGAUAUACUCCCGGAACGCCUGCCGCAGGUAGAGAGCUCGGCCGAGGAAGCAUGGCGACAACUGCGGCUCCGCUUCAUCCUCACCCUCCGCUACACCAAUGUGCGCAUCCUGCUCCAUCGCCCCGUGCUGGUCAAGUUCCUCGACGGACUGAGCAAUCCGGCAAACCACCAGGAUACCUCGUUGCUACAGCAGGUCGGCACCAUCCAUAUCCAGAUUGCCAUCAAGUCGGCCAAGGAGAUUAUUUAUCUGGUGCACAACGCCCUGCAGUCCGCAACGGGGCGGUCGAAAUGGGGCUUGUUGGGCGCAUGGUGGUUUUCAUUGUACUACACAUUUAAUGCAGCCUUGGUGCUGGGAGCAUGCGUCCUGGUUCAGAUCGACCAGAAGGCUUCGGGCAACGAAUCCAACAUGUCGCUGACCGAGUCGACCGAGGACAUGAGCCUGCAUUUGGAAAUGGCCAUCGAAGCGAUCCGCCAUAUCGACAGCGACAAUCGCAUGGUGGCACGGUGUCGAGACUAUCUCGAGCAGUUUGUCCAGGUCGUCCAGGCGCUAGCCAUCGGCCAGGGCCUCCUCCCCCAACCCCAUGACUGGCAGCCCGUCACAUAUCACCACCCGGCCGGUAAUGUGCCCGCAUUCCCACAGGUGCCGCACAUCCCGCCGCACGAGGCAGGCGACUACGGGGUCCUGCUGGGAGGCGGCGCCGGGGCCGUCAUGGGCAUGUUCAACCACGGCAGCAGCGGCGUUGUGGCCAGCAGCAAGCAGUCGCCGCUCGGCAUGGAGCUGGGCGAGUUCAUGCUCGAUGGCGAUCUCGAGUUUCUGAGUAGUCACUCGUUUGCGUAUAAUCGGGGAGUGGCUCCGUGA